UGAACAAAUAAUUCUUAGAAUUUAGAAACAAAUACAAAUAAUUAAAAAAGUUAAUAUGGCAAAUUCUUAAAUUGCCUAUUUAAACCCAGACAUUUGCCAAAUAAUUUAGUUUGAUCUUCAAUCUCAAGCCAGUACCACUGCUAAGCAUUAUCCUGUUUUUUUCAAACAUGAAGUUGAUUACUUUAACUCUUUUAUCAGUGGUCCUUUUCCAAAGCUCAGUUAAUUCUUCAAUGACUUUAAAAGACAUUGUAACAGGAGCUAAAGAUAAUGUUAUUGGCAUGGUAACUAAUGUAGGAAGUUAUCUUCCUACACCUUCCCAGCUUUUUGGAGCUGCAAAGAACAAUCUUGCCGGAUAUCCGUUGGAGUAUUUGGCAGAUACUAUGAAUUCAGUUUGCUCAACAUUGAUGCACUCAAAAUCGAUUCAAACAAGAGUUAUGCCAGACCUGGCAACAAUGAAUUUCCAAUUUAUAACUCCUUGCGAAAAGCACAUUAUUCCGAUUUUAAGUUCUAAGGAUCUUUAUAAAAUUAAAGCCUUUGAUCCAACCAAAAAGACUGUGAUUUUAGUAACGGGAUGGAGGACAACAAUUGACUCAUCGGACACAAUAGACGAGCUAUCGAAGGCUUACAAUUGUCGAGGCGAUGUUAAUUUCAUUGCAAUCGACGUUGCAUCUUGUGUGAAUACUCUUUUCACAUGGUCCGCUCUGAAUACCGAAAAACUUGGAGAAUACUUGGGACAAGGUUUAGCUGACUUAGCCCAAGUUAUCCCCCGAGAAAAUAUUCAUCUGAUUGGUCAUAGUUUGGGAGCUCAUAUUUGUGGCUCAGCAGGACGAUCAUUCACCGCACUUACCGACGAAAAAAUAGCUCGCAUCACAGGUUUAGAUCCAGCCAAACCUUGUUUCAAUGAAGGCGAAGAUCUUUCUGGCCUAAUGCGUGGUGAUGCUGAAUUCGUAGAUAUCAUUCACACUAAUCCAGGUGUUUUGGGAAAACGUGAUCCCAUUGGUGAUGUGGAUUUCUAUCCCGAUGGAGUUGUUCCUUUGCCAACUGGAUGUAUGAGUAUAACUUGUGCUCAUUCGAGAUCUUGGGAAUACUACGUUGAAAGUGUUUAUCCAGGAAAUGAGAAUAAUUUUAUGGCAAAACGUUGUAAUUCGUUGGCGAAAUUGAAGCAGAAUAGAUGUGGAAAAACUCCAGCAGCGCCAAUGGGCUAUGCAGCAACAAGUAAUUUGAAGGGAAAUUAUUUCCUUGAAGUUCGUGGCUCAUCGCCAUUUGGUAUGGAUGGUAGUAAACAACGAGAGAAUGCAAAUGUUUAUUGUGGUAGUUGUGUACAAAAUGCUGGAAAGUAAAAAAUAAAUUUAUUUGUUGAUGAAAAA